AUGAAGGCAGGGGAGAGGGCUGAUGAGGAACCUGCCGAAGCGGGGCGAAGUCUGGUGCCGAUGUAUUUGAAAAACAUCGCAAAUACAACCAAAGAACAACUCUUCAAAUCUCUAUUCGGCCAGCAAAAGAAAGCUGCAGAGGCUGAAGACGAAGAGGCAACGUCUGCACCAAAAACUGCAACAGAAGAGAGUGCAACAGGAGCUGAGAAAUCUGAAACAGAAGAGAAUACGGAUACGCAGAGCAAUGAAGAGAAUGCAGAAGACGAGGAGAUUCAUCAUAUCGAUUGUCUUCUUCAAGUGAAAUGCCUCGAAGUCAAACGCCGCAUUUGGCCUGUAGUAGACGACGCUUUCUUUAAAAAGAAUUGUCAGAUGACUCGAAAUGAGCUAUUUGAUGCUGCGGAAGAAGCUGCAGAAGAACUGGCGAAAUCUGCUGCCUCUAAAUAUGCCUUAGGCGCUGCAGCCCAGGCCUUGGAUGAAAUAACACAAGUAGAAGUUGCAGAGUCUCUGUUUGAGGCCCAAGCUAAAGCCACGUGGCAGCAGCAAGUAAAGGCGCGGGAGUUCCAAGGAGAAAAAGAUAAAAGGACGGAAAGCAAAGAAGAAUUCGCAAAGUGGAAAGAAGAAAAUAGACGAGGAAUCGAAAAUAUACUCCGAACAGCAUUUGCUAUUCAGGCAGUGUUUCAACAGGAAAGACUGCAAGUAGACGAAGCAAAGCUGCACAAAGACCUCGCGAAAGCGAUGCUGCAGGUGAGCAAACGCGGCAUUACAACGGGGGAGGCGCCAGAGAUGGUGCUGAAGCAGCUGUACAAGAAGGCGCAGGCUUCUGUGGUUUAUGACUUCAUAGUGAAACACGCAAAUGUGGAAUAUUAUAUCGACGACACCCCGGCACAAGUCACCGUGCAGCCAGAAGGCACUGGGAUUCCCCAGCAAGGUAUUCGAGCUUUCCCUAGGGGUGUGGACGUUAAAGAGUGGCAUCAGAUGAGAAAAGAAACAAUAGAACAGCGCGAUAAACUGAAAGAACAGGCACAGCGUUUCUUCGUUGACCCCAAAACCCUGAAAAAAUUUAAUCAGGAUGACUCAAAUAAACUCUAA